AUGUUCACUUUCACUCCUCUCCUUGGUGCCCAGUCAUCAUCUUCGAGGGCAUCGCAGUCUAUCUUGGAGCUUGAUGGAGGCAUCAAGAUUCUAGUGGAUGUUGGCAUAUUCCUACACUUUCUCUUAUUCUUUUUGACACACGCGACGCCCGCUCACAUUGGCGCUCUAGUCCAUUGCUGCCGAACAUUCCCUCUCUUCACGCAAAUCCCAAUCUAUGCAACGAAUCCCGUCAUCGCUUUCGGCCGUACGCUCCUACAAGACCUUUAUGCCUCCGCCCCGCUUGCUGCAACAUUCCUACCGAAGGCUUCUGUUUCAGAGCCAGGCGCAUCGUCAGCAGGGUCUGCGACUGUGCCAGGCGGAGAUACCGAAACCGCUGGCAGCACAAGCCGAAUACUGCUUCAAUCGCCGACAGCGGAGGAAAUUUCUCGAUACUUCUCUCUCAUCCAGCCACUGAAAUAUUCUCAACCCCACCAACCGCUCCCAUCACCUUUCUCCCCGCCCUUGAACGGGCUUACUCUCACAGCCUACAAUGCCGGUCACACCGUCGGUGGAACGAUAUGGCAUAUUCAGCAUGGGUUGGAAUCUAUUGUCUAUGCAGUGGAUUGGAACCAGGCUCGUGAGAGCGUGGUCGCGGGUGCUGCGUGGUUCGGUGGCUCUGGCGCCAGUGGAACAGAAGUCAUUGAACAAUUGCGGAAACCCACAGCCUUGAUCUGCAGUACAACGGGAGGCGAUAAGCUGGCACCUUCGGGAGGUCGGAAAAAGCGAGACGAUCUCCUGCUCGAUAUGAUCCGUAGUAGCCUUGCGAAAGGUGGAACAGUGCUCAUUCCUACAGACACAAGUGCGCGAGUUCUUGAACUGGCCUACGCACUGGAACACUCUUGGCGUGAUGCCGCGAAUGGCGACAAAGAGGAUGUCCUUCAAGGAGCUGGGUUGUAUCUGGCUGGAAAGAAGGUUACCAACACAAUCCGACUCGCCCGAAGCAUGCUGGAGUGGAUGGACGAGAACAUUGUUCGCGAAUUUGAAGCGGCGGAAAGUGCAGAUGUCACGAACGGGCAAAGGACGGGUGGACAGGAGAAAAGCUCUAGCAAGGGUGGAGGCCCAUUCACUUUCAAACAUCUCAAGAUCAUCGAGCGCAAGAAGCGACUUGAGAAGCUCUUGGCAGAACCCGGACCUAAAGUAAUUCUUGCAUCUGAUACAUCAAUGGACUGGGGCUUCUCAAAGGAUGCACUUCGACAAGUGGCCGAAGGACCCAACAAUCUGUUGUUGAUGACGGAGUCCUUCCGCAAGGAUAUGCAGACUCAAGAAUCGAAACCAUCACAAAGUUCGACCACAAUUGGAAGCAUGAUUUGGGAGUGGUAUGAGGAACGGAGAGAUGGCGUGGCUCUAGAGAAAGGAUCGGAUGGCGAACAUAUCGAACAAGUCCACAGCGGUGGACGAGAAUUGUGCUGGACAGAUGUGCAGCGAGCCCCUCUGGAUACCGGGGAGCAGUUAAUAUACCAGCAAUAUCUCGCGACCAAGCGCCAACUUCAAGACACCUCUCAAACACUUGGCCAGGAGACCCUUGAAACUGCCGCGGAUGCCCUCGAUGACGGAUCGAGCUCUACCACUUCCGAGGACUCGGAUCCUGAACACCAGGGUCGCGCUCUGAACUUUUCGGCCUCACUUGCACACGCUACUCGAAGCAAACUUGCUGUCAGCGACGAAGACCUAGGCAUCAACAUCCUUCUUCGUCGAAAGAACGUUUAUGACUACGAUGUGCGUGGAAAGAAGGGCCGCGAGCGUAUGUUCCCUUAUGUGGCACCGAGAAAGAAGGGAGACGAAUAUGGAGAAUUCAUUCGUCCAGAGGAGUAUCUCCGGGCCGAAGAACGCGAAGAGAUUGAUAUGCAGCAACGGCGUACCGAUGCCGAGACUAAGCUGGGCCAAAAACGACGCUGGGAUGAUGCCGCCGGCCCCCAUGGACGCAAGUUGUCUGGCGGCGCAGCUGGACGGAAACGUCCUCACAUUGACGGCAAGAUUAUUGACGACGAUGAUCUCAGCCUUGUCUCCGAUGGUGAAGAUGCCGAUGUAGCUGCGGAGUCCGAAGACGAAGUAGAAGGCCAGUCAUUCGAAGGUCCUGCGAAGGUUGUUUACAAUACUCAGACCAUCACUAUCAACGCUAGAAUUGCGUUUAUUGACUUCAUGGGCUUGCACGAUAAGCGCAGCUUGGAGAUGUUAAUUCCACUGAUCCAACCCCAGAAAUUGAUCCUGGUUGGAGGCAUGAAGGAAGAGACGUCAGCAUUGGCAGCUGAAUGCCAGAAACUGCUGACAGUCAAGCUGGGCGCUACGGUUUCUGACCCUGCGUUUGACUCGGCUGCCAUUAUCUUCACUCCCGCGAACGGCGAAGUCAUCGAUGCAAGUGUCGAUACGAAUGCCUGGAAUGUCAAGCUGAGCAACACGCUCGUUCGACGCUUGAAUUGGCAGCACGUCCGCAGCCUCGGUGUCGUUGCUCUCACGGCACAGUUGAGAGGACCAGAGCCUGCCGAAAUCGGGGACGUCGAAACAUCAGGCAAGAAGGUGAAGCAGCUGAAAGACGAAGCAGCCUCUUCCGCUGUCGCCCCUGCAUUAGAACGAGCAGACACCAAAAUAAUCGACAAGGUGGAAGUCUAUCCUUUACUUGACACUCUUCCAGCCAGCAUCGCUGCAGGAACCAGGUCUAUGGCUCGCCCUCUUCAUGUCGGUGACUUGCGAUUGGCUGAUCUUCGCAAGCUGAUGCAAUCCGCUGGUCACACUGCCGAGUUCCGAGGCGAGGGAACGCUUCUCAUUGACAAGUCGGUGGCUGUGCGCAAGUCGGGAACGGGCAAGAUCGAAAUCGAAGCAACGGCGCAGUCUUCACUGGGUCGGCCUUCUGGCCGUGGAUUAGGGAGCUUCCUUGCUGUCAAAAAGAAAAUCUACGAGGGCCUGGCUGUUGUUGCAGGCAGCUAA